UAAUCUGUGGUUCAAAAUAAAUCGUUGCUGGUUUUGAUCUUAUUUUGAUUCUUUAAAUUAAUUCUGGUCUGGGUGAUUUAAUUUGAUUUUACUUAGAGUUUGAGAUAUCUGAAAAAUAAACUUAUUGUUAACAGAUGACACAUUACAGGUAACAUUAAAAUAAAUAAAGCGUUCAACAUGAGUCACUUUGAAUUUGCAAUACCUUUGCAAAAGGAUGAAUUAUUAGAAUCUCAUGCUGGACAGUAUCACGUAGAAGACGUGGUUCAACCAAGAUUACUGUUAUCGAAACUACAAGAUGCUGCACGCGCCUACAACUCAGAGGGAGUUCAAUAUAUUUUGGAACAUUUUGAUACUUACUUCUCUAUCAUAGUUCAUGGCAAUAAAUUGGAAUGGAAUAUUAUAAAUAAAGGAUUUGACCACAUUGUUAGGGCUGCCAAAAAUCUGUGCAACCAUCUAGAAGUUAUAUUUCAAGACAAGGAAAUUGAUGCUGAUGUCCGAACUAAAAACCUAAACAUUGUCAAGAUGGUUUUAUACCUAUUUACACAAGUUAUGAAAACUAAAGAUGCCAAAUUAGCAGCAGAUAACUCCACUAAGCUGACUCUAGGCAAGAAAGGCAAGAAGACAACAAGUGAUGAGGAGUUUUGUGGGUGGACAGAGUCUGAUAAGCAGGCUGCCCUGGUCACAUUGCAUUUGGUCCUCCAGCAGCCGCUCUCUAGACUCUGGGACCCACCGUUAGCUGAGGAUAAUUUUGUUUCAAUGGUAGCAGAACCAUGUUACAAAGCAUUAGAGGAACAAAUCAUAAAGAACAAGGCGAUAAGAGAGACAGUGUUCCAAGUUCUUGGGGUUCUGAUCAAAAAGUACAACCAUGGCACAUCCUGUCUCAUCAAAUUAGUGCAGGUUUUGCAAAUAGUAGAACAUGCUGUAUCUCCUAUUUGUGCUGGUGUGGUCCAGCUGACCAAGGAAUUUGGUCUUGGAACUUUUGGACCUCAGAUGGUCCGUGAGAUAGCCGAAGCCUUAGCUUCGAGCGAAGAAGAGAAUACGGGCGCGGCGACGGAGCAGGGCGCCGCGCGGACCUGCGGCGCCUUCCUGCUGGAGCUCACCAAGGAGCUGCCCAAGGAGAUGACCGGCGCCAUUGCUACCAUACAGCCUUACUUGGAGGUUGAUGAGUCUUACACGCUGCGCAUCAGCGUGCUGGGUAUGAUGUGCGAGGCGCUGAGCGCGGAGCUGCGCGGCGAGGGGUUGGCGGCGCCGCAGCGCGCGCAGCGCGACGACUUCCUCGACGACCUCUACGACCACAUGCACGACCUCUCCGCCUACGUGCGCCACAAGGUCCUGCAGUUCUGGUGUCGGCUGCAGCGAGAGAACAGCGUGCCGGUGAGCCGGCAGCGGGCCGUGCUGCAGCGCGCCAUCGGCCGGCUCAGGGACAGGGCCGCGCUCGUCAGGAAAGCUGCCAUACAGUUACUAAAGGUGUUCCUUGAAUGUAAUCCAUUCUCUGCACAACUCAAGCUAGAUUUGCUAGAGAAGCAACUAGAAACAGAACAGAAGUUACUGGACGAUCUUCAGAAGAAACUUAAUCCAGGGCCGGACCCGGAACUCGUGAAGAAAUGGGAGAAGAUCGAGAAAGAAGUAAUUUCUAUGAUCAAAGAUAAAAUGGAUGUUUUAACUCAAGACGAGCCGGAGUUGUCGCAAGCGUCGCUGGAGAAUCUGUACGACGCUAUACGCAAUCAUUUGCGUGAUAAGAAUUAUUAUAAAGCUUAUUUAAUUGUGAAACAUACAGAAAAACAAUAUCCUGAUGCCAAGCUACUUAGGUGUGAUAUGGAGAAAAGUGAUCAGAUAGAUUAUUUUGUAGCUCUACUCCGAAACAUUUUCGUCAUACCCGAUCGAAGGAACUCCAUAUCCAUGACACAACAAUGCGAAAACGAACUGGCACUGUACAAGAGAUUGGAAGAGAAAGAAAGUAUAGUCGCCUUCCUCCAAGAGUCCGUUCACUUCUGCCGAAUGAUUUCUGAAGCAGUGCCUUUGAUAAACUCUUUGCUUAUGUCGAAGCAAGCGGGAGAUGUCAGUGAAGCCAUAGAUUUCUUCACCGCGGCUCACCACUUCAACAUUGAGUCGGCUAAAGUUGGUGUUGCGACUAUGCUGCUGCUUGUAUGGUCGCCGGAUCAAGACAAGCGUGAAGCGGUGGAACGGGCAUACCGCGAUAUGUAUUUAGAGUGUGAGAACAAAAACGACAGAGCUCGAGCGUUUACGAUCGCUCGCCGGCUCACGGAACUGGCGGAGACUGUGGACCGCGGCAGUGCGCUCGCACUUGACCAUCUCGUGCAGCAGUGGGUGGACAAGGGGGACAUCUCGCCUGCUAUCAUACAGGUUUUCUGGGAAAUGUUUCUGAAGAAAAUCGACGGCACAACUGAUAUGGACAGCUACACAGCGAUGUCCAUUCUCGUCAUGAUUUCGAAAGCCAAGCCCUCCGUCGCACUAGCUAACUUAGAAGUCAUCCAAACCCACGGUCUAACAGGCGAUUACAAUUCUAGAAACUUGAGCUCUCAGUUACUCCUAUCUUUAGCAAAGAAAAAUCAGAGAUAUCCUGUUGAUCAUUCUAUAUUCACUGCUAUAUUCGACAGUCUGCUCGAAGCAUAUUCAAAGAUGAACAAAUUCGUGCUCUUUGCAACAAACACUAUAGACUUUAUUUACGCGGUGUGCGAUUCACCGGAGAUAUUGUGCGCGAAGAUUUUAGCGGAAAUGUUUAAGAGAUUGCAAGAGAAUGUGGUGAUGGACAAAGAAAACGAAGAAGAGGCGACAAUGCCCACCGAAUUGCUGACACGGUUCGUGUUUGUUGUGGGACACGUCGCGCUGCAGCAGUUGAUAUAUCUGGAUACAAGUGUAUACAGUGAAUUGAGGAGAAGAAACCAGGUCCGUGAAGAGCGUAAAGAGGAAGAGAAGAAGAAGAAGAAGAAGGCCAGUGCGUUCGCGACCCCGCUGCGGCGCGGGCGCGCCGACGACCUCCGGCGGCAGACACUCAUGAACCUCAGCAACGCCAGCGCUUCCUCCAGGGGCCAGCGAUCUGCCAGUGUCUCCAAUAAAGCCUCUUCGGCAAACACAACGAUGACGGAAGACGAGGCAGGCCUAGAAGGCGCAGUGGCGGAUGACGCGGACGCGGAGUACGUGCGCAGCGUGUGUGAGCGAGACAUCAUCGGCAGCGACACUGCUCUAGCGCGCUACAUCCCCCUGCUGCGGUGGCUGCUGGCCAAUCCUGGGAAAUGCUCCACGCAACUACAAGCGGCUGCGGCAUUGACUUUCACCAGGUUCAUGCUGGUAUCAAGUUCAGUGUGCGAGGACGGUCUGCAGCUGAUAGUGACGGUGCUGAAGAGGUCAAAAAACGUGUCGUUGCGAACCAAUUUGACUAUCGCGUUUGCUGACCUUACUCUCAGGUUCCCCAAUCUCACACAGCCAUGGACACAUCACAUUUAUCACAUCCUAAACGACGAAGAGCUAGAAGUCCGUCAGUGCGCAGUGAAGAUGCUGUCGUUCCUGGUGCUGCACGAGAUGGUGCGCGUGAAGGGACAGAUCGCGGACAUGGCGCUGUGCUGCGCCGACAAAGACGCCGCCGUCGCCAACAUGACUAAACUUUUCUUCAAACAACUCUCGCAGAAGGGAAACGCCCUGUACAAUGUCAUGCCCGAUAUAAUAUCGCGACUGAGCGACCCCGAACUCAAUGUGCCGGAGGAGCAGUACAGACUGAUAAUGAAAUACAUAACAUCGCUCAUCCAAAAAGACCGUCAGAUGGAAGCAUUAGUGGAGAAACUCUGCCAAAGAUUCAAAUUGUCUACAGAAGAGCGACAGUGGCGCGAUUUAGCGUAUUGUCUCUCUUUAUUCACUUACAACGAAAGAUCCCUGCGAAAGCUUAUAGAAAACCUGGACUGUUACAAGGAUAAGUUGCACUGCAAUGGUGUGAUGGAGUCGUUUACUACGCUUAUGAAUAAUACGUCUAAAAUGGCGAAGAACGAAAUUAAGGCACUAGUGACAGAACUGGGAGACAAGAUAGAGGAAUGUUUCGCGGUGCGUUCGGGCUCCGAGGGCGAAGCAGAGCCCGGCCCCGCCGCCCCCGCCCCCGCCCCCGCCCCGCGCGCCACCCCCCGCCGCAAGCAGACCCGCAAGCCUCGCCGCCGCUCCUCCAGUCCAGAUGAGAAUGAACCGCCCGCCAACGACGGAACUCCGCCCUCAGUGCGAAAAUCCAGCAGAAAACCAACUAGAUCUAGAAAACCGGUGGCAUAUGAUUCUGAUGAAUCAGAUGAGGAGGAACAAAAUAAAGAUGAUGACGUUUUCAAAAAACCCGCAGCCAGAAAAACUACACGCAGAAAGAAAUAGAUAUUUUUAGUUCAUAGUAAUAAAUUGUAUAAAAUACUAGCCUAUGUCAUUUAUUUGGAGUCGGCUGUAGAUUU